AUGGCUUACGAUUACGAUUCUGCUCCCACAGAAGCUCCAGACACGCCACCACUGGUCAAGAUGAACGUCAAUCCAUACCUCCCCCAACGUCACAUCAACGACCACUACGACAUCGUCGGCUUCAUCAGCAGUGGUACAUACGGCCGUGUUUACAAGGCCGUCUCCAAACGACCUGCCAACGGCCAAGCACCCAUUGUCAAACACCCAUCCGGCCGCACAGUCGAAGCCUUCGCCAUCAAGAAGUUCAAGCCUGACAAAGAAGGUGCCGAACUGCAAUACACUGGCAUCUCCCAAUCCGCCAUCCGUGAGAUGGCCCUAUGCACCGAACUCUCCCACCCAGCUCUAAUCCACCUCGUCGAAAUCAUCCUGGAAAGCAAAUGCAUCUUCAUGGUCUUCGAGUACGCCGAGCACGACCUCCUGCAAAUCAUCCACCAUCACCACAGUCUCUCCACUCGCGGACCCAUCCCUGCCAGUAUGCUCCGUAGCUGCAUGUACCAACUCCUCUCCGGCCUGCUCUACCUCCACCAAAACUGGGUUAUCCACCGCGAUCUCAAACCCGCCAACAUCAUGGUAACUUCUUCGGGAGCGAUCAAGAUUGGUGAUCUAGGCCUCGCUCGCCUCUUCUACAAACCCCUCCACCCUUUAUACAACGGAGACAAGGUCGUCGUAACGAUCUGGUACCGUGCCCCCGAACUCCUCCUCGGCUCACGCCACUACACCCCCGCCAUCGACUUAUGGGCCGUCGGUUGCAUCUUCGCCGAACUCUUAAGUCUACGCCCCAUCUUCAAAGGCGAAGAAGCGAAGCAGGAUUCCAAAAAAGCCGUUCCGUUCCAACGAAACCAGAUGGGUAAGAUCGGUGAAGUGCUAGGUUUACCCAAGAAGAACGAGUGGCCGCUUCUGCAAUCCAUGCCCGAGUACCCGAGUCUAAAUUCUGUGGUCGUGUAUAAUGCUUCUGUGAACCGGCCCGUAGGGUUGGAGAAGUGGUUUAGGAAUACGGUGCAGGGGAAUGGGUAUGCUAUGCCGAGUAAUCCUCCACCUGCGGAUGAGGCGCUGGAGUUCUUGAGGAAGUUGCUGGAGUAUGAUCCCCUGAAGCGUAUGACGGCGGAGCAGGCAUUGAAACAUCCUUAUUUCGUUUCUGGUGGGCAACAAGCUGGACAGAGUGGUAAUGGUAUCGGCGGCGUUGCUGGUGUGAAUGUGAAGCUGCCGAGCUGGAAUUGUUUCGAGGGGCUGGAGACGAAGUAUCCGGCUCGCAAAAUGGUCACGAAACCUGUCCGCCCGCCUCGCAGACCGGCUCGAGCAGAAUUUGAAGGGAAUACCACCCAUCGGGACCGCAUCGACAGCCACAUCCCACACCUGACCAACCCGUACGAGAACAUAUGCAUGAUCUGCUCCGCACCGCUCACACCUCCGCUCUACGACACAGCCCCCAGCAUUAAACAAGCAUGCAACGCCUGCAACACCAUCUAUGCCAUGGAUAUGUCCUGCGCCCUGGACCUCAAGCAACUCUGGUUCUGCCCGGCGCCUGCCUGCAGAGCGAAGAACAGGAAUGUUUUGGUACUGGAUGUGGAUUGUGGGCUUUGUGCGGAGGCUUUGCGGGAUCGUGAUGGGGUGGUUGAUGGGGUGGUGCUUGUGAGGUGUGGGGGUUGUGGGCCGAGGAGGGUGCAUCGGAGUUGUUGGGAGCUUGAUAUGGUGGCUCGAAAGGAAGAGUAUCAGACCGAGGCUUGGGAUCUGGGAUUGCCUGCUCGUGGUCCGGGCAGUGCAGAUGUGGCCUCGCCGGCGGCUUCGGCUAGGAGGCUCAAUGCUCCGGAGGGAAGAGUUGCGCAGACGGACGAGCCGGAACAGGAGGACGAUGCUAGGGAGCUGGAUGAGCAGGAUCCGCAGAGGAGUGGAGGUCAUGUUACUGUAAAGAUGGAUCCGGACUGGCUUUGCAACGGCUGCGAUUAG